AAGUUCGGUUCAAUCUUAUGAUAAAUAUAAAGUAAUACAUGAAGGGGAAAACCAGGGAUAAAGCUGGAAAAGCAAGUCCGACAUCUUAGGAUCUAAUAGAUUAAUGUUUAUCAUUUAAAUAUAGGACAUCAAGUGCUUAUCAACAGGUUAAACAACGUUUAUAAAAGUGGGACAUCUAAUAUUUAAGAUAAACUUAACGAAAUUGGGAUUACCUUGUGUAUAUGAGAUUGGUAAAAACACCACGUGAAAUAGCAUAAACUCUAAGAAAUACAUGCAUGCUGCUCACGCAUAGGCCAUGGGAAAGGAAACAAUUUCACCACAAGACAAGAUAACUUAAUACUUGCGAAUGCUUAGGAAGUUUGUAGAAAUGUAGUCAGUGACUUUUUAAAGAAUUGGACAUACUAAAAGGGAUUUAUAACAAUUAUGAAAUCGGACACAGUGUCAGCAUGUUUAUUACUACUGGGAAUGGCCUCAUGUGUAAGAGCUCUGAUACCAUUACCAUCAUUUACCAAGAUGAAGGAAAAUUAUCCAGGCUACAAACAUGCAGGAGGCAGAUACCACAACAAUCAUCUCAUCGACAUGAUUGGAUGUAAGCGCAAAUUGUUAUUACAUGAUACUAGUGCUUUGAGACUAUCAUAUUCCUUCAAUAAAGUUGGGGGUGAACAUUCAUUAGGACAUGAUUUAAUUCAUUUAUCUAGGAAUGGAAUAGACAGUGUUGUAGGCACAGAUGGACUACAAUAUAUAUACCACCCUAUAGCAUAUGGACCAUUCCUAGCUGACAAAUAUGGAUAUCCAACGAUUUCAAAAUUACACCAGUUUGAUCCUGUCAGCACAAAGAAGAACUUUUGGGGGAAACAAGGAAUACUUAGAGUGAUAACAUAUCGUAAAAUUAAAAACUUGCCAGUUGGACAUGUUGCAUUGUGGGACUGUGAUCAUUUUCAUGAAACAAAAGACUGGAUUUCAGGGCAUAGUUUGAUAACAGUUGAGUUCUGGGAGUCUCCAGAUUCCAAUUGUUCCAGUUCUACAACUAGAUAUCUUCAUCAAAAUGUACCAGUAAAACAUAUCAAACAAAUAUCUACACCACCAUCAUCAAACGUGAAUCACCAAAUUCCAGCCAAUCAACUUCCUGGACAAUCAAUCCAUCAACUUCCAGUAACAUCAGAACAUUUAUCAUUGAAAAACAAUCCACCUUCCAACCAGGGUAACCAAGCUCUUGCUCCAAAUUCACAAAUAGAUUUGAAAACAUUAAUGAAAGAUAAAACUUUUCGAAGGAAGUUCAUAAAAAAGUAUUAUGUAAGUAAUGGGCAUUUACGUCAUGCAAAACAUAGAGGACUGUCAUUGUCUUAAGAACAACUAUCAUAAUCCAGACAUCGAUUAUACUAAUUGAUUUUUUUUUUCUUUGGAAAACAGAACUAUGUGUGUGUAUUUAUAAUUGCCAUUUUAAACAAUACAUUUUUUGUGAAGACAACUUUGACAACGAAUUUCAACAGCUUUAACCAUGCUCAAUCUAUUUUAUGGCCAGCUAGUUACAGUUACUGAUAUAGUUCAUCUACAAAAUGAAACAACUGGAUUAUAAUUAAGAGAUUCUUAUGAAUAUUUCAAUGGUGAAAUGCAUCGACAGGAUUUACUUUGAUAAAUUUGUAUUCAAUUAAGGAUACAAAAAACGUUUUCAAAAUACAAAUUGAGUUUUACAUAUGAAGUGCAUUUGGAAGAAGAAGGAUAAUUAUAGUGAUGACUUAAUGUAAACAGUACAUCAUCGGCUGCAUUUGUUUUAAUUUUGUGUUCAUUCCAGUAGCAUUUAUGAAUUGUGAUUUCGUAUUGUUGUUGUUAGCCAUGACAUUAUAAUAUAAAUGAUAAAAAAGUACUAGUCAUAAAUUGUCAGUUUGUGAAGAUGUUUGUUAAUUGUAUAAAAAGACAUUAAAAGUGCUAAUUGUACUUGUUAUGAAUAUUGUCAUUAUGUUAUUGAUCUCCAUGUGCUUUUCUAUUUGUGUUUAAUCAUAAUUUGUAUCUCCUUGUUUACAAAUACAUCUGACACUUAUUAGCAUAAGGUGACCAUAUUAGUUAAAAUAAGCACCUUUAAUUUGGUGGAACCUUAUGGAGACAGCUAAAUGAAAUUAGUUGGAAAAUAUAUUUCUUUGAUUCAGAACCAUAGUUUAAAAUAAUUAUUUGGCAUUAUAUAAUGAUACAAAAAUAUACAUCUAGCUGUUGAGGUAUUUUUGAUACUUUGUAUUAUCUGUCAUUCAGAUUUAUAUUUGGAAAUUAAAUCUUGAUAGGUCACAUUAGAAGCAAGGAUGUAAAUUAUGAAAAAAUAAAGUGAUCCAGUUGUUGGAACUGACCAGCUCAUCUUUUGUUUCAGUUUCUACUUUUUUUUAUUUGCUCAAUAUGUGUGGUUGUGUUAGUAACCUUUGCCUUGGGUUUAGCUAAAUCCAUUUUUCUUACAAAAUGAGUUUUGUAUUAAAAUAUUCAAGAAAAAUUCAUUCAUAUUAAAAGUCUUUUUUCUGGUAUUAACUCUUAGGAAAUUCAAACUGUUUGAAAUUUACUUAUGAAAUAAUUUUCAGGACAGUGUAUUUUUCAAACUUUCUACCCCCUCAUAAUCAAUGAAAGGAUACACACUUAAGUGUGAGUUAUGUAUUUUUAAAUUCUGAUUUGUGUGAUGAAAGUUUGCUAAAGAAAAACAUCAUAAUUCAUCUCAUAUCUCAUUCUCAAUUCAUUAUUUUUUUCUAUUUGAAAGCAAACACUUUGCUUAUGACAGUUUAAUACUGUCUUCAUUUGAAUUACAAAACAUAUUUUUCUCCAUUUAAUGCAUGAUGAGUUUCUUUUCAAGUUCAAAUCACUCAAAAUUGUGACUGUCACCUUUAAAAAAUAACAUACUUUCAAUAAUUCACUCAUACCAAAUAUGUAAAUUAUUUAAAAUGAGAAUACUUUGAUGAUGUUUGCAUUCAUAUAUACAAUAUUUAAAUAUAUGAGGGGGUAAAGUACUAUGUUAGCCAUAAAUUUGAACUACUUUGCCAUAUAAAUGAGAAAUAAGAUACACUAUCCCUUACUUUAAAUGAAUUUAAUGACAUUUACUCAGCAUUUUUCACAAUUAUACUGACACCCAAUGUCCUUGGUUCUUUUCUGAAUUGCAUAAAAGUUACACUUCAAAGAGGGGAGGCACAGCUUGAAAAAUUGUUGAAGAUAAAAUGUAAAUAAAGUGAAGGAAAAACAGUCACUUGCAAGUUCAUCUAAAUGCUUUUGACAUAAAUUAAAAAUUUCAUUUACUUUUGUUAAAUGUAAUGUAUAAAAUAACUUACAAUUAAAUUUUAUGUUCAAGGCAUUUAAAAUCUUGCAUUGUGUUUUGGUCUUCUGUGCAUUAAAAUGAACUAAUCUUAUUCAAAUAUUCCAUCAACCACCCUAUAUUUAAUCAGAUAAGGUUUUAAUCCAUUUUAAAUUGGUUCUUAAACAACACACCUUGUUUUGAAAGACACUUGUCACCAUUUUUUUGCACCACAUGUACAAUUGUAUAAUUUUAAAGUCUAUUUCCAGGUGUUCCCUCUUUUACUCAUUGUCUGAAGUUCACCAAUGAAUUCUAUUUAGAGGUUUAGGUUACAGUAACUCCUUUGUGUUGAAACUUAUAAAAAUAUCUCUACUACUGGAUAAAUACCCACUGUGUUAAUCUUAUCAAUAAUCUUGGUUUUUCUUGGGUUAGAAGAAAAAGAAACCAAAAACUUUAUGAAUGAAUCAAUUCAAAACAAACUAAACAGUGGAAAAAUAAAGUUUCAGCUUUGAGAUAUUCAUUUUAUAGAAACAAUCUUAUAAGGCUAUUUUUUUUUUUUAAUUUCUGGUACCACAAAAACACACUAUAUAUGCUGUAAACCAAUUUACUUCACAACUAGCAAAAAUAUGUGAAUAUAAACCUCGUAAAUAUGUAAAACAGGAUGUUUCUUCGAUAAAUCACAACAUUAAAUUGCUCUAAAGUUGUGCUAAAGAGUUAAAAGCAAAAUAUAAGUAUUCAUGAAAACAAUUUGGUUUACAGUAUGCAUUAUUUUGAUUUAGAGUUCUAAUUAUGUUAAUUGCAAACUUAGAUGUUUUUACAUUCACCUUUCCUGGCAGCAGCAUCUUUACCCUUACACUCUUAUUCUCUUGAAAACAAAUAAACACACAUUUUCAAAAAUGCCAUUUGAUAUUUUCUAGCAUAUCAUACUGCAAAAUAUAACCUAUCAUUUUGUUAAAAGUUAUUUAAUGGGGUAUUUUUUAUGGCAGCUUUGUUUCAAAUUUUUUACACUUGUUCUUUAUUAGAAAUCACUUUUGAUAGCAAGUCCUUCACUAUGUUUUGAACUUUGAGCAGUAAAAAUAAUGUUUAUACAUUAGAAUAAAUGUCUUAUCUAUUUAUAUAAAUAGAAAGACAGGUCUGUGUGAGAAAUAUGGCAUUGGCUAGUGUCAGGAAUACCUUUUAACCACAAAGUUUGUGUCAAUGUUUUGUUUUUUACAUUUAAAAUUUAAUUAGCCCAUGAUUAUCUUCAUUGGGAAAAUCUUAAAAUCAAAUAACGAUUAGAUGAUUUUUUGAUUUUUUCUUCUUCUGGAGUUUUUACAAUUGCAACACUUGUAUCCACUUUUACAAAUGUAUAGCUUUUGUUUUCAACAGGUUUCUUGCAUUAAACACAAAAACAAAUAUAACUCUUUUCCUUAAAGCUAAAUGAGAAAAAUCCAUCUUGCCAUUUGCCAGAAUCCAGUAUUUGCAUCUAAUGCCAUGAAGACAAGAAAAAAUGUUUUUGUUUUUAAUUUACAGCUCUAGAAAUUCUUCAUUACUUCUAUAAUUCAAGUUUAUGGUAUGAUUACAUUUAGUUUUGAAAUAUAUAUAUCUGUGAAGAUUUCUUUUAAUAUUUUUUAUGUUUUUCUUUUAAAAGGUGUUACAUGUAUGAAACUAAUUGUUGUAUAUUGACUAUCAAAUGAAACCAAAACUUGUGAAUUUUAAUUGUUGUAUAUUGACCAUCAAAUGAAACCAAAACUUGUAAAUCUAAAUUGUUGUUUAUAAUUUAUAUUGCUGUUGAUUUGUAUGUUUUGUGUUGUGAAAUUGAAUUUGAUUAAAUCAAAAUAAAAUGAAUUUGAAAUGAA